AUGAUACAAAAAACAAUAAUGACAAAAACAUGUGGUAAAAUAUUGACAAGGAGUCAAGCUAACUUUCCGAAAAAGGUUACAACAAAGGAUAUGACAAAGAGAAAAGCAGAUCAAUUAUCUCCACCGAAAGGGAAAACGACAAAGCGAACAGCUUUGAAUGAAAGUACUAAUUUUGCAUCGAAACAAAAUGUCAUGGAUACGAAAAAAACAAUUAUGAAAAAACCCAUUUUGACAUCGAGUACAAAUUUAAAAGUGAAAGAAAUUGGAAAAUUAGUUUCUAAUGUACAUUCAAAAAUUGCAGUUUAUGUCGAUCCAAAAUCAGUUUUAACAGUAAAAACAGGUGCACAAAAUAAAGAAAAUAUCGAUCCGGUUGGGAAAAAAAAUACAAAAGUUCUUGCACAUAUUGAAAGUGCUGAAGUGAAAAUAUCAGAACUUAAAAUCACAAGUGUUCAAACUAAAGAAAAAUGUGUGUCAAAUGAAAAAACAGUGAGUGUUAAAUCUGAAAGAAGUACAGAUGGCCAACAGGAUAAAAGUGAGGAGUCCUUGUACACGACUGCUCUUGAAGAUGUAACUCCUGAUUCGCAUGAAAGCUCAAGAAUAAUAUCACCUAUAAAAAGAAAUAAUGAGAAAAGUUUCAAAAGAGUAGAAGAUAAAAAAAGUACAACAGAAACAGGUUCACCAAAAGUACCUGCAGGUGUUGAAGAUUUUGACAAGGAAAAUAUUUUGGAUCCGAUUCAAGUUUCUGAAUAUGCAAUGGACAUAUUCGAAUAUAUGAAAAGAAGGGAAAAGGCGUUCGUCGUAAAAGACUACAUGACGUUGCAGCCUGUCAUAACAAAAUGGAUGAGAUCAUUGCUUGUAGACUGGAUGGUUGACGUACAAGAAAAUUUCGAAUUAAAUCACGAAACCCUUUAUUUGGGUGUUAAAAUAACGGAUUUGUAUUUGUCACACGUCGUCGUGGCAAAAGAAAAUUUACAAUUAGUCGGAGCCGCUGCUUUGUUUUUGGCAUCGAAAUACGAAGAGAGAAUGCCUCCGCUCAUCGAAGAUUUUAUUUACAUUUGCGAAAAUGCAUUCGAAAGAGACGAUUUAAUUAAAAUGGAAUUAAACGUGUUUAAAGUUAUAGAUUACAGUUUGGGAAUACCCUUAUCGUACAGAUUUUUAAGAAGGUUUUCAAGGUGUUGUAAAGCAAGCAUGCCAACAUUAACACUUGCCAGAUACAUACUAGAACUCAGCCUCAUGGAAUAUCACAUGAUUUUUCAUUCGGAAAGUAAAAUUGCAUGCGCUGCCCUAUACAUGGCGUUAAGAAUGAAAAACAUAUCGGGAUGGACGCCAACCCUAGAAUUUUAUUCCGGUUACAAACUAUCCGAUUUCAUGCCCAUCGUUUUGAGCCUUAACAGCAUGUUACAUCAAAAACCAAAAGAACAACUAAAAAUAAUCAAAAAUAAAUAUUCACACAAAAUAUUUUUCGAAGUGGCUAAAACUCCAUUACUAGAUGACAAAACUUUAGAAACGACAAAACCGUCGAAGGAAACGAUUGAAAAAAAACCUGCGGGGAAAUAA